AUGAGCAGCUCCAAGGCCAUGAAAGACCGGUUACAACACGCCGAAGGAUGGUGGAAUGCUAAUAGACCUCGCAAGAUUGCCAUGGUGGAUAAUCCGUUUAUUCCCAGAAAUGCUAAUCAAGCUUUGAUCUACCAAGAAAAGCCUGUCCACCAGAAACACUAUAAUAAUCAUAAUAUCGAAUUGGUAAAUGCUGAGACGCCCUUUACCUCUGUCAAUCCUACUGGAAUGGCAUCCAACUUGCCGUAUUUGACCAUGUCUAAUACUAAUCUUUACGUUACUUUGUCAAUUCAGUCGACACAUCAUCAUGUGCCUGACCAAUUAUUAAAGAUAGAUAUGGAGCCUAGACAGUGA